AAUAAGAGCUCAGAGAGAAUAUUGGGAAGUGGAUGCGUACGUAUCGACCUCAUGAACACACCGCCCUCAUUUGCCCUUAAAUCAUGAGCUAAUCUAGUGGCUUAGAAUGCAUGCACAGCAGAUCUGAUAUGUUGUCCACCAUUUCAAUGAAUCUAUGCUGAUUUAUGUCGAUAGACGUGCAGAGUUUUUUUUGCACACCCUAGCUACAUCAUCCCUUCCUCCUUUGGUGACAACAACCCUCGCUGACUGCAUCAUGGUCAACCUCUGCUGCCUCUGCUGCGGUGAAAUCCCUCAACCCCGCCCCCCUCCGUCCGGCCAGCAGGGACCACCGAGGGAUCCCCGCUCCGUGCAGCAGCAGCAGCCCUCUGGCUCCGGCCCAGACACUGUGGGGCUGAAGGAGGCGCACAAACAAGAGGGAGCAACUGGAGGAUACAGCAAGGGAAUAAAAAGGGAGUGAGUUUAGUCUGUCUCGGACAUGCAAAAAGUGCAGCAUGCUGCCUUCAGAUCUGGACUCUGCAGCGGAGGACACAGCGGCCAGCGCUGCCAAUGAUGCUGAGGGAGAGGAGCAGGAGGAAGAGGAGGAGGAGGAGGAGGAAGACUCACCGGCUGAGAGUGAUGUCCUGGAGGAGCAGCGUCCAGUGAAACAGUCUCUGGGUGCUUGUGUCUACAGGGACUCUCAUUGGCGCUGCCUCCUGCUCUCUCUGCUCAUGUACGGCUGCCUGGGCGUGGUGUUCUGGUGCCAGGUGACGCGUGUCACCAAGAUCAGCUUCAACCCGGCCCUCACCUCCUCCUUCACGGCCUCCUUCACCUCCUCCCUGCGUGGGGCCACGGGACUGGGCGUGGGAGGACACUCGAUGAUCUACCACGACAGCCCCUGCUCUGACGGCUACAUCUACAUCCCUCUGGCCUUCCUGCUCAUGCUCUACGUGCUUUAUCUGGCCGAGUGCUGGCACUGCAGAGCCCGGAGCGAACUGCAGGUCAAAGCGGAUGUAGACAGCGUUUACGAGCGAGUUCUGCGGAUGCAACAGGCCCAACCUUGUAUUUGGUGGAAGGCAAUCAGCUACCACUUCGUACGAAGGACUCGACAGGUCACCCGAUAUCGCAACGGGGAUUCCUACACCACCACUCAGGUGUAUCAUGAACGUGUGAACACUCAUGUGGCUGAAGGAGAGUUUGACUACAGCCAAUGCGGGAUGAAAGAUGUAUCACGAGAACUCAAAGGUUUGGAGGAACAUUCGGCGACUCGACUACGCUUUACCAAAUGUUUCAGCUUCACAGAGGCCGGUCCGGAAAACGAUUACCUCAACCAGAGAGCCAGGUUCUUCUCCGAGAUCGAGGGAUUGGACGAUUACAUGGAGGCCAGGGAGGGAAUGCAGCUAAAGAACGUUGAGUUCAGAGAAAACCUGAUCGCCUACGUGGAUCCAGAGAGGAUGCCUUGGUACACUUCCGAUGUUGCCUUCUGGCUGGCGGCUCUCCUGAUGCUGUCCUGGCCUCUGAGGGUGCUGGUAGAGUACCGCACUGCUUAUGUGCACUACCGCAUAGAGAAACUGUUCGGUUUAGAGUACAACCCGAGCAGCUCCUCUCCUCUCGAUGAAGACAGGACUUCGAGGAACACAGGGUGUGUGAUCCCGAGAGUAGACACUCUGGACAGCACUGAGAUGGAGUGGCACAUUCGCUGUAAUCGCCAGAUGAUUCCCAGCUACUCUGAGGCCAUGCUGAUCAACAUGAGCUCAGCAGAUUCAAACUCCUUACAGGACACAGAAAACACCUCCUCCUCAAACUGCUUCCUCCUGAACUCCUCUGCUCAGAGCUACGGCGCCCUCCAAAGCCAGGACGACCCCGAGAGACGCAGCGAGCCCAGCAGACUACGAGGAGGCAGGAUGAGGACAAUCACCAGCUCUAGCUGCUCCUCCAUCUUCUCUUGCCGUGGAGCACUCUUCCACUCCCACCUCUCCUCUGACACGUCACGUUUCUCCCUGUGCCGCAUGUACGGCUCGCAUCGCACCGUGGCUCUGUGGAGGAGCCGCAGCAGCAACCUGACCGAGCCCUGCUGCGUUGACGAGCAGUGCUGCAGGUCAGACUCAAGCCAGCUGGCACUCAGCGACAGUCCGCCGACCUACAGGGAUGCUCGAUUCUUCCCGGUUCUUAUCGUGCAUCGGUCUGAGGGCCGUGGGAGCGAGGACGGGAGGGGAGUAAGGCGGUAUUACAUACGGAGGGGUUCAUCCUGUGUGGAGACUGCUCUUUGAAGGACCUACAGAGAAAUAUUGAUUGUGAUUCAGUGUAGGGUCAAAGGUCAAAGAGACUUGGAUAGAUUGCAAUUACAAGAAACAGUCCAUUAGCUAAAGAAGUGUUACAGCUACCGGAGUGUGAACAAUAAUAUCUGUCUGCUCUGAUUAAACGGUGCAUACACGCCACGAAGGCAUGACAACUGCAUCGCCUCAGCAUCCCACUUUUAUAUCACAUACAUUAUAAUAAAAAAUUCAGAGGAAUCAAGAUCAACAGAUCUCAUGGAGUCCUUAUAUGUGUUGAUUUAUGUGUCGGGACAUUUAAAAAGAAUAUGAGACGUAAAAAAGAGUUGCAUGUUAUUACUAAAGCUGUGUUGUUGUCUUUGGGUUGAUUUAUAAUCAGCAAAGUGAAACCAAAGACAUACGCCCCUCUGUCUUUUUAUAAUUUUUGAACGGUAUAAAAAAUAAUGAGAGAUAUGCAGAGUGACUGUGAAAAUGGAUGCAAUAAAUGAAGUUCUGAAGGAUAUUUAUUGCACAUUAUGUUUGAUGAAUUAUAAGUUAUGUGUGGUACAUCCUCAGUUUACUUGCACAUCUGAUACUUCUGUGAAUAUUUUUUAAUUACAUACAAAUUUUGCUUUAGGAGUCAUUGAUCAAGCUCUUCAAGGUUUUAUCAAUUUUUCUAUCAUUUCUAAAAAAAUAAAUAAAAAAAAAGCAUGUUUUUCUUUUCUGUGAAAAUGUAGAUGAUGAAGAAGAAGAGAGAUAUAAGGAGGUUUGAGGAUCUCUUAGGAAGAUAUCAUCAGGGGUGUGUCCAGUCUUAAUAUGGUGGCACAACUCGGACACUUACAUAUGCACUGACUUAAGUUUGUGUGCAUUUACAAAUAAAUAUAAUAUAUUUGCAGUCUUCCAGUCUCCACUGACCAUAAUAACAGUAAAUACUGAACAUAUACACGAAAAAAUACUGUCAUUAAGUACCACACAGAGGUUUCAUUAUAUAUAUAAAUAUUUGAGUUGAAAAGUGAGACAGUGGCAACAUGUAAGUCUUUAAAGAUUCGUUCUUCAGGAACUCAAAAAGAGGUUUGUCCAAAGUCACUAUGAAAGUGCCAAAAAUGAUAUGGUCCCUAAUGUUGCCAAUAAUUUUAUUUUACAACAGUUAGACAUUGUGCAAGUGUUCACUUUCAAUUUUUUAUCUCUCCUACCCAUUUGUCUUGUAAAAAGUUAUGUGAAAUAAUAUUCUCAUAGCUCAAACACCAAAACUGUGCUCCAUUUAAAUGUAGUGACAACUCUAGCAGCUGGUUUCAAAACAGUCCAAAAACAGUCCAAAUUUGAUGUAUACAUAACUCUGAUUUCUAACAAGACAAAAAGCUAAUCCAAGUUUAGUAUUUUGGAUUAGGACCAGGGGUGGUCAAUCAGAUUUCAGGUGGGCAAUGCCACCCAAGGUAACACCCUUGACCCACCCCUGGAUGUCAGACACAGACUUGCAGCUCUGCAACUACAAUAAAAGGUAAUCUAAUAAAAGAAAAUACUUCAAACAACAUUUUAUAUGCAUAUCUAUUCCUUGAAGAAGAACAGUAACACUUUUAUUAAUUCGAUCAAUGGCAUAUCGUUUCUCAUAAAAGUUUGCAACAUUCUUUGAGCUUCAUCCUGACAUACUGCAUCUAUGUUUUGAGUUUACAAAAGGAAGAUAUUUCACUAUUUCCUGUUUCUGAAUUAAAAUAAUAAAAUCUGGUACAUUUCU